AUGGAUAAAAAUCCAGAGAUUGAACUACUUACAGCACACUCAUCUCGUGGCCGUGAGGCCUCCGCUUAUCUUUCAUUCAUUGUCGACCUGUACGACGAGCUCCCCGAAUACUCGAUUUUUCUCCAUGCCAACACUAACCAGUGGCAUAACGAUCUCUUUGGCCCCCAGACCAGCCGAGCUUUGCAAAGCCUGCGCCGUGAAGCCGUGGAUGCGAAGGGAUAUUUGAACCUGCGGUGUGCAAGUAACCCAGGCUGUCCGUUUCACGUCAAUCCCAAUAAUCCCACGCAAGCACACAUUGACAAGAAUGAUGCCCGAGCAAACUUUCCGAGAAUUUGCAAGGAGAUAUUUGGGGAAGAUGCCUAUGUUCCAGAACAAAUUGGCGGGAUUUGCUGUGCUCAGUUUGCAGUCAGCCGAACACACAUCCGGCAGCGGCCCAAAAGCGACUAUGUCCGCAUGCUAAACUGGAUGAAUGAAAAGAGUGUGCCACUUGUUGAAACUUUGUGGCAUAUGGUCUUCGGCAUGGAAAGGGUACAGUAA